AUGAGAGCCCGGCGGUGCCCAGGCCCAAUCCAGCAGGGAACCGCCAUCACUGACAGCCUCAUGCCCAAGCCGCAGACGCAUCCAUCAGGUAGCCCUUCUUGUUGCUGGAAGGGGGAGGUUGUUGUCAUGGGCUACAACGGCUGGUUCAAGGACAUGGGCAAGCCUGACAACAAGAGUUCGGCACUUCUUACGGCCGAAGCCCUCAGACACAGCGUAGAUGCCAUUCCGAGGCUAACACAAAGGUCUCAAUUGACCCGAACAGUGUUCCCACAAGCAAUUAUGGAUGUAAAAGUCCCGUUUAACGGCCCCGUCCAUAUCAAGCGCAAUUAUCGCAGAGCAAAGCACGGCAUCUCAAUAGAGGAGGUCACCGUGCUUCGUGUCAUCGUUAUAGAGAGAAUGAAGGAUUGGCGACAGUGUAUCCGCCUUUCGAGGCAGAAAUUGACAUCGGCCGUGUCAUUGAGGCUUCUUUUGACCACGAAUCCUCGACAAGUGGCGGCAAGAAGCGCAAGAUCCACACGACUAACAACAGGCUCUGCCACAAAUGCAACAAGAACUUUCCGAGCCGAACGUCCCUUGACGAGCACUGACUCGAAGCACCCUAGCCCCUACGUCUGCGUCUUCCAUUACGCCAACUGCAACACCAGAUUCGAUGCAAAGAAGAAAUGGAAGUGCCAUGUUAGUACCAGGCAUCUGAGCCUAGAGUACUGGGUUUGCGCAGAGGGCAUGUGUGCUGAUGAGCGGCAGUCAUCUCACCAGCGAUACGCGGGUCCUGCCACCCCUUACCAUGCAGCCGGCCACUGUGACCCAGGGACGCUCUCACAGCGAGCUGGAUGGGCCAGCAACGUCCGAAUUCUGCCCUUCUCGACAACCCGUUAA